UUAGCUCCUGCCCACGUCGCCGCUCAAUGGCGUAUUUCCGGAAUUCAGCUGUGGCUGCUUCGGCCGUGUGCAAACAGGCUGCUAACCCCCGUGGUUUUGUUCGCUCCGCGGCUUCCGUGCAGACAUCUAGCCCGUUUUCUUCAUUAUCUUCUCCAGCGCGGCCUACAUCCUUCUCUCUCCAAUCCUCACCAUGCCUGACUUCCUCCUCUCGUCAAAUGCGUGGCUUCCUCACCUACCUCCAGCGCCAGGCACAAGCUCUUAAAGAACAGCCCGUCACACCUUCGGCUCCGAUCUCUCCGAAUCAGGCCAAGAAGCCGCAGUCAGCCGCGCAACUCAACAACCUCCCCUACUUUGUUCGCCGGACAGCUUCCAACCAAUUACCCGUCUACCUCGUCACAAAAGCCGGCGGCACUAAGCAACUCACCAAGAUCCAGAAGACGGAGGGUGAUCUGGAUGCACUGCGCGAUGACCUGGCAUAUACCUUGGACGUAGAUGUGCGAAGCCCUGAUGUGUCUAUCAACCGACUUACUGGCCAUAUUAUUGUCAAGGGCUGGCGCAAACCCGAAAUCCUCAAGUUCCUCUCUGAGCGAAACUUCUGAGCGGACAUUCAUCC